AAAUGACACAUGAGAAAUUUAACAAUUGUCCAAUUAGUGGGUGGACAAUUGCCUACCCAUGACUAGCACGAUACACACUGUUCUGAUUGUAUAGUUUAGUCGGCGGGAGCUAGGCGACUGACGGUGACUGCUCUCAGAGGCGCCGUCGAGCAAAUUGAGCAGAGAAUCAGAAGACCGGUAGAUACCAACAAAGUAUGGCCACCAAACUGCCUUUUCCAUGCUGUCGAACAACUUCUAAGCAUUUGGUUGCCGAUAAUACUAGAUCAAGACUUAAUGGAACUGUUUGCCUUCGGAGACCUGCACAUUCGCUAGGCAGACUCAUGCAUUUCCAGCUAUCCUUCCUUAAUAUUGUCCAACCUUCUUCUUUCAGAAAUUUCAAGAGGCUGGCGUGGUCUAUAAGAAGUGCUGCAGAUGGCAAUGGACUAAAUUCUUCUCCUACAACCAGCAGCAGCGGUGGAACUCGACUUAUUAGGGCCAUAGAAGCUCUUCUUGUCAAAUUAGAUGCCAGAAUUAAGGUGCUGAGGAAAAACCUACCGGUGAAGUUGCUAUUUUUCUUAGUGGGUUUCUAUUGUGCAACGGCAUUUGCCACUGUAAUAGGGCAGACAGGUGAUUGGGAUAUUAUUUCUGCUGGAUUAGCUGUGGCUGUGGUGGAGGGCAUUGGAGCACUCAUGUAUAGAGCAAUUCCUUUAUUAGAUGAGGUAAGGAGCUUCAUCACCAUGUUCAAUUAUUGGAAGACUGGGUUGACUCUUGGUCUUUUCCUGGACUCUUUCAAAUAUUAGAGUGGAGAUGAGGAGAGGGGGAUGUGUACAGAAAUCAUAAUGCCAUUGAAAUUUCAUAGUUUGAUCUAUGGGGUUGUGUAGGCAAAUUCAUUUUGUCCAGGGGUAUUUAUACAUCUAUUUGCAGGAUGUCUGUUGUAUAGUGUCUCCAACGGUGUAGCAUAUAUGUCACUUGUACAUGGGAGCAUCCCCAGUUAGAUGCCACAUCUAUAAAAUGUAUAGGAAAAUAUGAUUCGAUUUUUCAGUUUUAA